CACAAAAAUAGAAACUAUAUACUUGCAAACUAGAGUAGAACUAGAGUGUACAAAAAUAUAAUUACAUACUUUUUUUUAUCAGAUAAGUAGUGGGCAAAUGUAUUUGUAAUUAAACAUUUUUGUUUAUAGUGUAAGUUGUACGAAAAAACCAACAAAAGACCACUCUUUUGAUUCCAAUAUAGAAAAUAAAAUGAAAUGAACAGAUUUGCAAUGUUCGUUAAAGGGCUUUUGGGUAAAUCAUUUUGCUGGGGCAUUAUGGUGGCCUCAUUUACGUGGAUAAUUACAAUUUUAUUGUAUUUCCAUUUAUCAAAAGAAACAUUUAGAGGUUUCAAUGGAAAUAAUAAUAAUCCUAGGGCACAAGCAUUUGAACAAGGACUAUCUACGGCAACAAACAUUCCAAUUAUUGCCAAUCACAAUAACCACGAAGACAGUAUUACUUUGCAACAAAUUAGUACCACGAAACAUUCCGUCAAUCCAUUAGUGUCCAAAUAUGCAUUUAUACAAAGAUUAGGUAAUGUCAACAGGUAUGGGAUAAUAAAUAAUUUAGAUGACCAACAUAUUCGUGAUUUAGGCUAUAAAAAUCAUGCAUUUAACGCAUUAGUCAGUAAUAAUAUUGGACUAAUACGUGAUAUUCCAGAUACUAGACACAAGAUCUGCCAUAAACAAGUUUACGAUGAAGAACUUCCAAGCGCUUCAAUUGUCAUGUGCUAUUACAACGAACACAAGAUGACACUUUUGCGUUCUAUUAAAUCCAUAUUGGAUAGAACGCCCAUGAAAUAUCUAAAAGAAAUUAUUCUAGUCGAUGAUUUUAGUGAUGCGUCAGAUUUGACAAGUGGACUCAUAGAAGAAAUACGUAAAUUCGAUGAAGACUCCAAAGUCAGAUUAUUAAGAAACACCAAAAGAGAAGGUCUAAUAAGAGCUCGUGUAAUUGGAGCUCGAAAUUCAACAGGCGACAUACUAGUUUUCUUAGACAGUCAUAUUGAAGUGAACAAAGAUUGGAUACAACCUCUUUUGAAUAUUGUUAAACAUGAAAAUUCAACACUUGCUGUUCCGGUUAUUGACAUAAUCAAUGCAGAUACAUUCCAAUAUACACCAAGUCCUCUUGUACGAGGUGGUUUCAAUUGGGGAUUACAUUUUAAAUGGGAAAAUCUUCCAGAUGGAACUUUAAAAGACGAAAAUUCAUUCUCAGGACCAUUCAAGUCACCUACCAUGGCUGGAGGAUUAUUUGCUGUCGAUAGACGAUAUUUUACUCACAUUGGUGAAUAUGACAUGGGCAUGGACAUUUGGGGUGGAGAAAAUCUUGAAAUUUCAUUCCGUGUCUGGCAAUGUGGAGGUGCUAUUAAGAUAAUGCCUUGUUCUCGAGUGGGGCAUAUAUUUCGAAAACGACGACCAUAUAGUUCACCAGAAGGUGUCAAUACAAUGCUCAAGAAUUCUCUUAGACUAGCAUAUGUUUGGAUGGAUGAGUUUAAGGAUUACUACAUAAAGCACGAAAAUAUUGGUAGAUUUUUUGACUAUGGUGACAUUAAAGAACGAAUUCAAUUGAGAGAAAAUUUAAAAUGCUCGAAUUUUUCAUGGUACAUGCAAAAUGUUUAUCCAGAACUUGAUUUACCUGGAGAACAUAAAAAAUCAGCUAAAAACUCAAAAUCUGUUUUUCAACCAUGGCACUCACGGAAAAGAAAAUAUACAAGUAGCUUUUUAAUGAGGUUAUCUGGGACCAAUUUAUGUGCUUCAGUUGUUGGUCCUAAAGUAAAUGGUUUCUAUAAGAAAGGAAGUACAAUUAUAUUGCAGAUCUGUAUGAAAGCAAAGAAUCAAAUAUGGUACGAAACAGAAAAGUCUGAAAUAAUUUUGGAUAAAUUAUUGUGUUUGGAAGCAUCAUUAAGCUCAAAUUAUGCAUAUCCAGUACUUGGCAAAUGUCAUGAAAUGUUAGGUGAUCAACAAUGGAAGCAUACAAGCUCUGAGAGCAGCCCUAUAUACAAUAUGGCAACUGGAACAUGUAUAAGAGCAUCAGAAGCAGUUGAAGGAGCUACUCUCAAAUUGGACCUUUGCACUAAAAAUGUCCCAAAUGCAUGGGACAUUAUUUCAAUGGAAUAAAAAACUGUUAAUUAUUAUAUAAUUAAUACAUAUUAUUAUUAUUAUUAAGUUUUAUUUGUCUGAAUGUAUUCAUUUUGUAAGACUUGUAUAAAAAAAACUUUUGUUGAAUAGAUAAUAUUUACAUUUUUGUUAGAGAUGA